AUGGAUACGACAGAAGUGACAACCUAUAUCAACCCCGAAAAUUUCGCACACUUGGGAAGGCUAAAGAACGGGGGCGGAAUUAAAGGCGUAAGAAAUGUGGGUUGUUUGGACAGUUCGUCCCGCCUGGGAAGUACGUGCAUUUGCGGCAGUUUUAUUCAUCGCGGUCAUUUCGAGGAUUCUGAAUUGGAAACACAAGAAAAGCUAAAACAAGCGCAGACGAAAAAGUUUGUCCUAAAAUACGAAGAGAACAGAGAAGAUAUCCUGCGAAGAAUCACCAACAGCCUGAGGGACGACUACCACAAGAACAACCCGAGUGGUGGCCUCCAAAGUUACUUGUCUCAGAAGAGACACCAAGUUGGCUCGCCCAUAACCGCCGACAACUCCAAUGUGGAACUUUUAAAAAAUAUGAGCUCAACGCGCGGCCUAUUGAAGAUAUUCCUCAUAACCUUCUUGGCCUCCCUGGUGUUUUUCACCUUUGUAGUUUUAAUAAAAUAUGUAUACAACAGAUUCAAAAAGCACAUGGAAAAUCGGCUGCACAAGUACAGUAGUAGAGUGGAAGGGCUAAACUACCUCCCCUAG